GUGCUUUAGGGGCCAGACUUUCAAAUAAGAUGAAUUAAAAUAAAAAGAGAAACCUCCAGUGAGCUCUGGAUAUUUUCUGCAGACUCUCACUGCUGUCACUCCCUCGUCUUCCAGUGAACGACAUCACAAUGACUCAGUUCUGGAAAUCCUCAUGGGCUACCUUCUUUUGCAUCCUUUCAUUACUCUCUGCAACUGGAGACUCAGCGGGUCCAAAUCAGUUCCAGCUGGAGCCGCUCAACUCCACAGUACUGCGAGGCUCUGACGUCAAAUUCAACGCCACCUUGCAGGGAAACUGGCAGGUCAUGACCUGGAUAGUUGCAGGUCUCCUGGUCGUCACUGUCCCUGUCAGCGGUGACGUUACGUCCUCCUCACAGCGGUUCACGGCAGGAUUCUGCUCCACUGGUGACACCGGCUGUGUGGAGUUCACCAUGCGAAACGUCAGCCGUGGAGACGCUGGGCCGAUCGUCUGCAUUGUGCAGGGAGAGUACGGAUCAAAGACGGCGCAGCUUUCUGUACAAGAGAGCGGUUCAGUCAACAUCACAGCUGGAAACCUGAAGGUGGAGGAGGACGAGCAGGUACAGUUUCAGUGUGUAAUGUCUGCCUGGUUUCCUGCUCCGACUGUCAGCUGGGCUCUAAAUGGUCAGCUGGUGGACAGCAGCCUUUUUAACACCACCUUCAUGGUGGAUGGGGAUUCCUACAACUCCACCAGUGUGCUGGACUUUAAGGCGGUCAAAAACACCACGGUGGAGUGUCGGGCAACAGUGGAGACACUAACAAACCCACAGAAAAGCUCUGUGUUCCUGGUGGUUGUUCCUAAGCCCCCAGACUGGACCGUGCUGAUAUCUAUGGUUGUGUCUAUCGGAGGUUUUGCUCUGCUGGUUUUACUCAUCAUAGGAAUCAUCUUCUGCUACAAACACAGGAAAGAAAAACAGCCCACCUAUGAAGAUGAAAUGAGGAGGGUGAGGACACAGAGCCAGUUAAGUGCCGUCACUGGAACACCACGAGGUCAAGUCAACAGAGGUUAUGUGAACGAUGGUCAGACAAGCGUCGCUCCCAGUGAACACACUGACAGUGGUUUCUCUCAGGCUAACGGAUCCAGUUAUUUUGAGAUGCCUGAUGUUGUGAACAGUAACCAGGCUGGAAAUGUGUUCAGGUUCCCUGACGCUGUGGAUGAAUCCGGCUUCAAGAAACACAGACAUGUCACCAUCGUGUGAGGACACAGAGGAGCAGAGAGUCUGCAGAAAUAUGAGUUUGGACAGUAUUCAGCCAGCACUUUGAAGCCUGUCUGCUUUGGUUUCUGAAGAUGAAAGAAAGAAAGGUGUGAAGAAAGGCUGAAUCUGCUCCACCAAGGACUGAUGCACUGCAGCAAGAAGAGACGAGUUUUUAUUCAGUGAAUGGAGCUGUAUCAGCACAAUAUGACAUUUGAAAUCAGACAUAUAUACAGAAACAUUCAUAUUGCCAUGCCUCUGAGUGGUUCUGGGUGUUGUGAAUUUGCUCCCCUUAUUAUUUGCUGUAUCUGCAGCAGCAGCUUCAUCACCGACCAAAACAAACCGAGCAUAAUAACCAAUUUAAUGACCACUGGAGCAGCAAAAAUGAAGCCGAACCAGCAUAAACUUUUGGACUUAUUGGGCAGAGGCUGUAUUUCCAUUUGAUGGCUGUGUGUUUCGGGUUUAUACUAAGCCGUAUCUAUUUAUUGAGGCAUUAUGUAACUCAAAAUUAAAUAUUCAAAGGGGGCAGUCUUAAACCUCUUUUG